UCAUUUAGAGAGUCAGUGUGAACACAUGAUGGGCUAAGUGGCCUCCUCCUUAUACUUAGACUGUAAUCAAAGCAUGUAGGUGGAUUCUAGCAUUUCAAACGUCACUUGGAAAAGCUGUAAGUGUCGAAGUUUUGGAGUGAAAAUCUGUACAGAUGUUUAAAGUUUUCUAACUUGAUGGAUUCCCAAGAAUACAAAACACGCACUGCUAUAUUGAGCAAAGUAUUAUUUUGGAUGAGCACAGUAUUAGCAGAUGAAUGUAGGGAGAAACACAUUUGCCCAGAUGAUCAUACAACUUGUAUAAACAUGCCUGGCUCGUACAUCUGUGUCUGCAAAACUGGAUUCAGUAAGAAUGGAUCUUCAUGCAUAGACAUUGAUGAAUGUUCCACAGCUGGGCAGAAGUGCCACCAGUUUGCCAGUUGCAUCAACAGUAUAGGGAGUUAUCAGUGCGAAUGUUUGAGUGGUUUUAUUGGUGAUGGGAAAAAUUGCUCUGACAUUGAUGAAUGCCAAAGUCACAAUGGAGGAUGCCAUCCCUAUGCUAUGUGCAACAAUACAGCUGGGUCUUUCUCCUGCAUCUGUCCCCAUGGGUUCACUGGCAAUGGAACUGAAUGCUGGGAUAUCGAUGAAUGUGUCCUUGGCAACAUGAUCAACAUCUGCAAUGAUUCUGCCACGUGUAAGAAUACAGAGGGUUCAUUUCAGUGUGAGUGCCACAUAGGAUUUAAUGGAGAUGGAUACAAUUGUGUGGAUCUUAACGAAUGUGAGAAUACCUCUAUAUGCGAUGAAAAUGCAGAUUGUAACAAUACCCUUGGGUCUUAUUUAUGUAGCUGUAGACAAGGAUUUCUAACUGCUGAUGGGCUGUGUUUGGACAUUAAUGAAUGUCACCAGCAGACUAUUUGUCAUCCGAAUGCAAACUGCAUCAAUGUUCAAGGUUCAUUCUAUUGCAGUUGUAAAUCUGGCUUCUCCGGAAAUGGAACAGAUUGCAGAGAUAUUGAUGAUUGUGCUCUCAACCAUUCAGUUUGCCAUGAGAAGGCAAUUUGCAACAAUACUCUUGGAGCCUAUCGUUGUGAGUGCUGGACAGGAUAUGAAGGAAAUGGGACUCUCUGUUACGAUACAAAUGAAUGUCUUAAAAAUGACACCAUAUGCUCCAAGUAUAGUAUCUGCAUUAAUACUGAAGGCUCUUACACAUGCCAGUGCAAUGAAGGAUUUGUAGGAAAUGGGUCAUACUGUGAAGAUAUAAAUGAAUGCAACCUGAUUAAUGUAUCUUUUCAAUGUCAUUUUGACUCAUAUUGCAUGAAUACAUUGGGCUCAUUUGAAUGUCACUGUGAGGCUGGUUUUGAAAACAAUGGGACUGAUUGUAUUGAUAUUGACGAAUGUAUAACAAAUUCAUCCGACUGCAACAUAUAUGCCAGCUGCAUCAAUUAUCUGGGUGGGUAUGAUUGUGACUGCUUUGAUGGAUUUAUCGGAAAUGGGACUCAGUGCUUGGACAUUAAUGAAUGCAGUGCAGACAACAUGUGUCAUACCAACGCUUCCUGCCUGAAUACGCAAGGCUCCUACCAGUGUCUGUGUGAUUCUGGCUUUACUGGAGAUGGACAGAAUUGUAGUGAUGUUGAUGAAUGUUUCAACAACACAAUUUGUCAGGAAGAUCAACAAUGCAUUAAUGCAGCUGGCUCUUUUCAAUGUGUCUGUACCAGUGGAUUUUCAGAAAAUGAAACUUUUUGUGUUGAUAUUGAUGAAUGCUCGAUCAAUAUGUUCCUUUGCCAUUCAGAUGCCAAUUGCAUCAACCAACUUGGUUCAUUUCUUUGUGUCUGCCAAACUGGCUUUGUUGGUGAUGGUUUUAACUGCACAGAUAUUGAUGAGUGUUCAGAAAAUGGAACAGAGUGCAUGGAUGCUGAAGAGUGUACUCUGGGGUAUUCAAUUUGUCAUGAAAAGGCAACUUGCAACAACACUAUUGGAGCCUACUAUUGUAAGUGCAGGGCAGGAUUUGAAGGAAAUGGAACCAUGUGCAAUGAUAUUGAUGAGUGCAUUCAAAACCAGACCUUAUGUCACAUGUAUAGUUCCUGCAUUAACACUGAAGGCUCUUAUACAUGCCAGUGCAAUGAAGGAUUUGUGGGAAAUGGGUUAUAUUGCGAAGACAUAAAUGAAUGCAUUUUGUCCAAUGCAUCUGUCAUAUGUCAUUUUGACUCAUAUUGCAUGAAUACAUUGGGCUCAUUUGAAUGCCACUGCGAGGCUGGUUUUGAAAGCAAUGGGACUGAAUGUAUUGAUAUUGACGAAUGUAUAACAAAUUCAUCCGACUGCAACAUAUAUACCAGCUGCAUCAAUUAUCUGGGUUGGUAUUAUUGUGAAUGCUUGGAUGGAUUUAUCGGAAGUGGGACUGAGUGCUUGGACAUUAAUGAAUGCAGUGCAGAUAACAUGUGCCAUACCAAUGCUUUCUGCCUGAAUACACAGGGUUCCUAUCAGUGUCUGUGUGAUUCUGGCUUUACUGGAGAUGGCCAUAACUGUAGUGCUGUUGAUGAAUGUUCAAACAAUACAAUUUGUCGGGAAGAUCAGAUAUGCAUUAAUACAGUUCAAUCUUUUCAGUGUAUCUGUGCUAGUGGAUUUUCAGAUAAUGGAACACUUUGUAUAGAUAUUAAUGAAUGCUUGACAGAUAACCUUCUUUGCCACUUGAAUGCUCUGUGCAUCAACCAACCUGGCUUUUUCUCCUGCGUCUGCAAGUCAGGUUUUGUAGGAGAUGGAUUCCACUGUACAGACAUUGAUGAAUGUUCGCCUAUGAAAAUGACUUGCCACCACCUUGCUCAUUGUAUAAAUACUCCAGGCUCCUAUCUGUGCUCUUGUGAGAAAGGCUUUAUAGGAAAUGGACAGAUAUGCACUGAUAUCAAUGAAUGCCAGCUGAGUGAUCAAGCAUGUCCUUCGGUAGCUUCAUGUAUUAACACCAUAGGGAGUUACUACUGUGUGUGCAAUCAAGGAUUCACUGGCACUGGACAAGCAUGCACUUCUAUUGAUGAAUGUUCUCCACCUAGUUCAUGCCAAGCAAAUGGCAAAUGCAGAAAUAUAGAGGGGAAAUACAGUUGCAUCUGUUCGUCCAAUGACACUUGUGAUCCACAGAUAGCAAAUGAAAGUGUGCUUUAUCUGCAUGGUGAGCCUGUUGGAGACUUAAAGGUAUCUGCUUCAGGUGCUGAUGUAAACUCCCCCUUUAUUGUUCCUCCCAUGGGAUUUCCAUUCCUUGGUUCAAUUUGGGAUAGGAUAUAUUUUUCAGAUAAUGGCCUGAUUCAAUUUCAGAAUUUUCAAUCAAAUGAGAAUUAUUUAUAUCCAAACCCAUUUAAGAAUGGAUUUGACGGGAAUGAAACGGUGCCUAUGUUGGCUGUGUUCUGGGAUGAUGCUGACCUCACAUUUGGAAAUGGGAAGUUAUUAUAUCAGGUAUAUAAUGACAGUAAGAAGGACAUCUAUUCCCAACUGAUUAUCAACAGAACUACCGAGGAAGUUAACAGACAAUUUGCAAAGACCAUUGACAAUCCUUUUGUCCCUAGGUGGAUAUUAAAAGUCACAUGGGAUCACAUCUCACCUGUUUCCUUUCAGAAAAAAAAUUUAAGUGAGACAAACACGUUUCAGUGCAUUUUGACUACAGAUGGAAUUUUCUCAUUUGCUUUAAUGAAAUAUGCCACAAUGCAUUGGAACCCUGGCCAGAGAUUAUUCCAAAGAGUAUUAAUGGGCUACACAAAUGGGAAAGGAAUAUUUUACAAUGAUCCCCAAACCCAAAAAAAUGAAACUUAUGGUUCAAGAGGAAGAUACAGGCCAGAUCAAGUAAUUGGAAACACAGGACUUCGUGGGCAAUGGGCUUAUCGUCUGGAUCUGCAAAACUCCAGUAGGUAUAGUAAAACAUUCCGGCAAAAGUGCUGGCAUUGGUAUCUAACUGAACCCCAUCCUUCCACCUGGAAUACUGAUGUACAGUCUUGUCCCUGCCAUGAGUCGCAAGCGAAGGAAGAUAACCGUUUUAUACCAGAGAUUAUGCUGUUCAAUGUUUCAACCCAACAGAAGAUGGAAGGAGAAAGGACAACAUUUCAGUCUGCAUUACCUAAUCAGUUCACAGCUGGUCGAAGAUGCAUCUAUAGUUCAGGUUACCUGAUUGAGGGAAGAACUGAUCGAUACUUUAUUUUUACCCCAGAAGCAACGACGCUGCAGGACCAUAUAAAAGGAGAUUUGGAACCUUUUGAAUGGUGUUGCACAAAAUCUUCCUUAUGCAAUUUGUAUUAUGCGAAACGGCCUAUUGAUAAGUGUGAGAAUUAUACUUCAUUGGGUUUAGGUCAAGUCUAUGGAACGCUGCAUAUGAAAACAUUUGAUGGAGUUGAUUACAUAUUUCAUGGACUUGGUGAAUACGUCAUUGUCAGGCUGUCAUCAACCAAAGGACAUAACAUAUUUACUCUUCAAGGGCAAAGUUACCUAACAAUCAGGAACAACACCUUUAUAAACAUAGUGGCCUUUGUAAAGUUUGCUGCAUUUUAUCAGGGGAUGGUAAGGAUGAAAGUAGAAUGGGGAUGCUCCAAGUCUGGAAAGGAACUUUCUGUUACAGUAAAUGAUAAAGAUAUCAGAUUGCACAAAGGUGAAGAUUUAGAAGUAUACCAUUUCAGUCAUAACCAGUUGGCCCUGGUGUGUAAAAAGGGGACAAGAUGCUCUGCAGUUUAUUUUUCAGGACUACAGGUUACAGUGGAGAUUGGCAUAGGUGGCUUCCUCCAGGCAACAGUCCAUUUGCCACAUUCCUUCUACAACAGAACUCUUGGCCUCCUUGGUUUGUGGAGCAGUACAUCAGCAGAUGACCUUUUAUUUCCAAAUGGAGAUCAACUAAAGUUCCAAGCUGGCAGUUUUCCAACUGAAGCGGAAAUAUAUAAGUUUCAACAAUCCUGGCAGGUACCACCUCCGGAAAGUCUUUUCCUUUCACAUCAGCCAAUGGAAAAUUGGAGAACAAUUAGGCCAAUCUUCACAUCAGUACUCCUUGCAUCUGCAGAUAAUAAAACACUAAACAAUAUCAACAGGACAUGUUCUGGCAACGCUGCAUGCAUUCAUGAUAUCCUAGUUACUAAUGAUACAAACAUUGGAUUGCAAACUAAAGAUUACUACAUGAAGUAUGAGAAAUCUGCAGUGACUUUUGGAAACAUGCCUCCAACAUUUAUUGGCCCGUUGUUAAUUCGGGUUAAAGUUAAUACUACAACAAGGGUUCAAUUUACAGCUAAAGACCUCAACAAAGAUAAAAUCAACUUUGCACUUGUACCACCUACUCCUCAAGGAGCAACAAUAAACCCAGCCACAGGCCUUUUGACCUGGACACCAAAAACUAUCAAGCCAGUUCAACUAACCGUUCAAGUCAAUGAUGACUUAAGUGGAUCAUUUCUGAAUCCAACUGUCCAGAUGUGCAACUGUAUGGAUGGAGGUGAAUGUGAUUAUGAUACAAUCCUGCAGGCACACUUUCUGGGGAAACUUCAGAUUGUCGGAUGUAUAUGCUCAGAGCUGUUUUCAGGAGAGUUCUGCUCAGAAUAUCAAGAUCACUGUAAAGGGCAGCCUUGUUUCCCAGAACUGAAAUGCAUAAACCAAAUCAGUCCACAGCUUUUCCAAUGUGGUACAUGUCCAUCUGCAACCAUUGCAAAUGGGAAAGAGGGAUACAAAUGUUUUUUACAUGAUGAAUGCCUUCCACCAUUUCCUUUUCCCUGCCAUGAAUUAGCUAACUGCAUCAGCACUGGUCACAGCCAUCACUGUCAAUGCAAGGAAGGAUUCAUGGGUGAUGGAGUAAACUGCACAGAUAUUGAUGAAUGCAAGAACAUGUCCUUCUGUCCUAGUGCAAAAUAUGAAUGUUUCAAUAUUUUUGGUGCUGCUCGAUGUGCUUGUAGAUAUCACAGUGAAGAUGGCGCUGCAACUUGUGAUGAACCAACAAAUCCACCAGGGUGGAAUGUUUUCAACUGUACUGUCAAGUGGAAUACCUUAAGGAAGUCUGCUGUACUUUUGAAUGUUAAUAGUACUCUGUUCAAGGCUGAGGCCAAGAAAUAUGCCAACAAGCUAAAUAAAAUUUUGACCCAAGGAUUUGAGAAUAAAUUUUAUAAUCUUAGUCUGAAGUCAUUCCCAGGUGGAGGUCCAUCAGCUGAAUAUCGAGUGAAUGUUUCUAGUGAUACUCCUCAUUGGUUUAUUCAAGACUUCUUGAUUCAAGUUGCUGAAUACAACGAAGCUGAUCCAUCAGUUUCAGUAGAAGAUGUAAAUGAAUGUAUCAGUGGUGAAGCGAACUGUCAUGCUACUGCUCUGUGUGAGAACACCUACGGUGGCUUCAAGUGCAUUUGUAAUCGAAGUGCUGAAGUGGAAUCCCAAUUGUGCUACACAAACAAUCCAGAGUAUGACAACAAGGACAAACUGCUAUUGGGCCUGAUAUUGGGAAUAGGACUCCCACUGCUGCUACUUCUACUGGCAUUACCAAUUUUCUACUAUUGCAUUCGAAGGAAAGUGAAAGCAGAGUAA